ACCACUUCGUCGAUCUGCACAAUCCGUUCAUCGGACAUCUACAUCGGCACAUCGCCCUCUCCGCGAGCUCACGCGUUCCGGGGCUCCUCCUACCUCCUCUCACGAGUGUGGACUGGGGAUCCAUCCAUCUGCCGGACCUGGAUUGAUUUCUUCUUUCCCUGAGACAUCCGAGGAUGUCGACUCCCGCGAGGAAGCGGUUGAUGAGGGAUUUCAAGCGGCUGAUGCAGGACCCUCCGGCCGGCAUAAGUGGCGCCCCGCAGGAUAGCAACAUACUGCUAUGGAAUGCUGUGAUCUUUGGCCCUGACGAUACUCCAUGGGAUGGAGGUACGUUCAAGCUGACUCUCCAGUUUACUGAAGAAUAUCCAAACAAGCCACCAACUGUGCGAUUUGUUUCUCGGAUGUUUCAUCCUAACAUUUAUGCUGAUGGGAGUAUAUGCUUAGAUAUCCUGCAGAAUCAGUGGAGCCCAAUAUAUGAUGUAGCUGCCAUACUUACAUCCAUCCAGUCAUUGCUGUGUGAUCCAAACCCGAAUUCGCCUGCUAACUCGGAAGCUGCCCGCAUGUUCAGUGAGAACAAGCGAGAGUACAACCGCAAGGUGCGGGAGGUUGUGGAGCAGAGCUGGACGGCAGACUGAUGCAUUGCAAUAUUGCAUCUCGCAGCUCACCGUGUCCGUCCGUUACAUACCAAAAUGCUUGUGCUUGUAACUAAAAAACAGCCGAAUUCAGCUGUGACUGCUGUUCUCCUGUAUGAGCUUUGCCGUGCGUCUCUCUAAUCUUGGCUGGACCGGUGGAGAUUGCUCCGUCCCAGACUUUUACCCUGUGCUGGAUCUGGAAUACAAACUCAAUUAAUGUAGCAUUAUGCCAACAUUUUAUAUGAA